CAUGAGUCGUUUCUCUCGUCUCUGGAUCCCAGUAACCUACACCAUUUCUUUCUUUUUUCAAGCCUGAGGCAUCCACAACUUGCUUGCUGCCCUUCAUAAGCACCUGAUCAGCGAGCUCUCAGCAACAAAGAUGAAGAUCGGGAAGACUACGGAGAUCUUGAAGAAGGCGGCGGCGGUGUGCAAGAGCAAGACCGCCAGGCUCCUCAUCCUGACCUCGCUUCAGCGCCGCUGGAUGAUCUCGGGCCCCAUGGUCUCUAAGAAGAUCCACGCACUUACUCUGGCCGACCGGCAGAGAGUGGACUAUCGCAAGGCUUUUGCGCACGGCACAAUCGAGAAGAGACUAGUCAUCGUCCAGGGCGGUGACUUUGCAGCCAAUCAGUCUCAUCAGUUGGAGAUGUUGGCUCAAGAUGAUGGUCAUGGUGGCUGCCAAGCUGACUGGUCACUACAUCCCCUCUUCAACGACGAUCAUGUCAACUGCUGUUACAGUGGUGAUGAUGAUGAUGCGGAUGUGCCACUGGAUGUGUGCGAUCAAGACGACGAUGAUGAGCUGUUGGUCCUGGAUAUGAUCAGGAGCAAGAGAGAGGCUGAGGGGUUGGAGUUCAAUGGAAGAGAUUGACCAGGCUGCCGAUAUGUUCAUCAAGAGGUUCCGGCAACGGCUGAAGAAUGGAUUCUAGCUAGGGUCAAGCUUCCACAUGGAUGUACCUUGGCCUAGGUCUUGUCCUUUUUUUCCCGAGUGUCCACAUGAUGGAAAUUUUUGUAGAAAUCAAUACGAGUAGGAGUUGGUACUUAGCACACAAUGACCUGUUUUUGUCCUUUAUUUUCCCAAAUGCUAUAGAACUGGCGUCAUUUCUAUA